UUGCCGCAAAAACGAUUCUCCUCGGUGCAGUAUUCUUUUCAAAAUUAAUGUUUGCCCUGUGGUCUGUGGUUUAGAACAACGAGAACCUCGUUUAUACUGUUUAUAACAAAGAUACUAACAAUGUCCGUUUUUAACGCGCAGAAAUUUUUAGGCGCAUUGUACAAACGUUAUAUAAUUUCAUUGCCAUCGAUAAACUUAUCUAGAACACAAAAAAUUUUUAUUAUUUGUCUCACCGGAGGAUCGUUACUAUUAGGAGGUUUGGCUCAGUUUUUAAAAAGACGACGAAGACAUCCUCUUCCUCCCUCGAGAAGACCCUUAAGAGAUGGAAAACAAAGAUUUGCAAAUGCAAAGAAUUCAAACUUUGAUGCAUUGUCACAAGUAUCAUGGGCAAGAAGAAGCGAAGCUAGCAGUAGGAGUCACAUAAGCGACCGAGCAUCGCUUAUAUCCUCUGUUCCAGGAGGUCCAGAUGGUGAUGUAAGGCUUACUCCACAACAAUAUGGUGUUCUUGGACUGGAGGCGCUGGAAAAGGCUCUCUAUUGCUGGGAGGAUGCUCUUACAGCGUUCAGCUCUUCCCUCAGCAAUGACACGCUCGCAUUACCGUCCAAGGCGGAUGCGGCGUUUACGCACGACGUCCAAGAGCUCCUUGACAUGGGUUAUGAAAUUCAGAGCCAAGCAGAACUUCUCUUUAUCGACCAGCACUCGGUAUUGUUCCGCAACGAAAGCGAAGAGAGCGUGGACAAACCGUCGAAAAUAGGUACACGAUUAUCCGCGAAAGAUAAAGCGGAUGCUGCGUCUUCGCCGGAGUCCUUCGAGUCCGCGCGCGACGGAGUAGCAGAUUUGCGCGAAUUCGAGGAAUUCGCCGAGUUCUUUCCGCAUUUCGAACAGCAAAAGCUCUAUCAUACCGCUCUGAAACAACACGAGGAUGAAGGUAUACCGUGCAGGCGGUUUCACACAGAACUGGUAAGAUGCGGUUCGGACGUUGAAUAUUUGGCGAAAGUGCAAUGUAUACGACAAGCGUAUACAAAAUUGUUCACUAUGCCAUCUGCGACAGUAUGGAUCGCAGAUAUAGGACGUCAAGUUAUUAGCGACUUGAUCAUAUACGCAGACAGGGACCCAAAGGAUUAUUUGAUGCAUUACGAGCGGAUGUUGGAGUUCUUGCAGGAGCCAAGUAAUUAUAAUAUGAUGGAGGAAGAAUUAUCACCGCGAGGUGUGAAAUGCAUAAACUUCUACGACGUUCUCAUCGACUUCAUCCUUCUGGACGCGUUCGAGGAGGUCGAGAAACCGCCCUCGUCGAUCAAAGCCAUUUUACAAAACAGAUGGAUCUCCGCUAGUUUUCGGGAAACUGCAAUUGGAACUGCAGUUUGGUCGGUCCUUGUCGGUAAAAGGCAGAUGUUGAGGUACGACAGAGGGUUCUUAGCACAUUUUUAUUCGAUUUCUGAACAAGUCUCCCCAGUACUCGUAUGGGGCUUCUUAGGUCCGGAAGGCAGUUUACGUUCCACUUGUCAUUAUUUUAGAGAUCAAGUGAUCGAAUUCCUCGUAGAUAUAUUUAAUUUUUUCAAAGUAAGAUACACCAGUGUCGACGAUCUUGCCGAAGACAUACUCAGGGAAAUGAAGUUUAGGGUUGAAAAUAUCAAUCAAAGGCUUUCUCUAGAAGGUUGCUAGUUAAACUUAAAUAAAUUAAAAAAAAAAAAAAAGAAAAAAAAUAGAUAAUGCAUAGAAGCGUUCAGCGUAUACAAAGCGCUGAAAUAAAUACACGAUUGCGGAAAUGGUCAAGGAAUAUGACGCUUUUCCACUAGUUAAUAAUAGAGAACUAAUUCAAAC